AUGACCCUCAACGACAUCAAAGCCUUCGUCGAAGCUGAGAUCAACGUUCCUCCGUCCGCACAACACUUCUUACAAGAUGGGCGACCGGUCACAGAUACCUCUAAAAGCUUAGCUCAACUGAAUAUUCAAGAAGGGGGUGUUUUAGCCAUGGCCGUUCGAAGCGCAAGGUCUAGCAGACGUCCCGCUCAAGAACAUACCGCUGGCCAAUCCGCUCAGAGGUCACAGAGCGGUAGCGACCCGGAGCAAGCGAGACUGCGUAUCUUGGGUGACCCCGUUGUUAUGGCCGAGUGCCGAAGACAAGAUCCUGAGCUGGCAGCUGCUUGUUCCGACCCUCAAAAAUUCCAGGAUUUGUGGAGGAUAAGACAAAGACAAUACGAGCAGGUCCAGCGGGAGAAGGAGGAACAAGUCGCCCUACUAGAAGCCGACCCUUUCAAUGUCGAGGCACAGCAGAAGAUCGAGGAGAUCAUCCGGCAACAACGGGUUGCGGAAAAUUUGCAGAAGGCCAUGGAGGAAAACCCAGAAUCUUUUGGCAGAGUUACGAUGCUUUACAUCGAUGUCACAGUCAACAAUGUCCCUAUAAAGGCGUUCGUGGACUCCGGCGCGCAAACAACUAUCAUGUCUCCAUCCGCCGCCGAGCGGUGCGGAAUCCUCCGAUUAAUCGAUAAACGGUACGGCGGUAUAGCCAGAGGGGUGGGCACUGCGACCAUCCUUGGGCGGGUGCACUCGGCCGAAAUCCAGAUCGGGCAGUACAACUUAGCCAGCAGCUUCACAGUGAUGGAAGGCAAGGAUGUGGAUCUACUGCUUGGUCUCGACAUGCUCAAGCGGCAUCAGAUGUGCAUUGACCUGAAAAAGAACUGCUUACGUGUCCAUGAUGACGAGAUAUCUUUCUUGCCCGAGAAUGAGAUACCUAAAAUGAUGGAGGAUAUCCUGGAAAAAGAGCCCAAGGUUGAAGGGCCGGACGGAAGCACGAUUGGCACGACCACAGGCACCGUUGAGCCAGGAACUUCAGCAUCAUCAACAGGCGAGCAGUCCAAAGCAGGGCCAAGCAGCAACGUUGCACCAACCCAGCCCUCUUCGUCACAAGCAGCAGCAGCAGGACACGGUAAUUUUGGCCCGUCGCAGCCGAUCACCCCCGAAUCAAUCGCCAAAAUCACAGAAUUGGGAUUCUCCCGGGAGGAAGCAAUUGCAGCAUUGAGACAGGUCGAUGGCAAUGUCGAGUUGGCCAUCGGCCUGUUGAUUUGA